GAAGGUGCUCACGAGCUCAAUCGUAUCAAACACUGCACGAUAAUGCAGGCUCGCGCUAUCCCCGCGGACGGAAGAGGCGCUAUGGGGUAAGAGUCACCACUCAAAGGUCCUCGAUCCAGUGCUGAUGUUCUCGUGUCGUCGGAGUUCGUCUUGGCAACUCGGCACAGCAGUCUCUUUGGGUAAUCGUCACGGAUGAGCGGUAGCCGGCCUCAUUGCUAGGCCACUCACAUGUUCAUAUAUAGCUCCGAGCAUUUUCUCUACUUUUCCACGUAAUUGUUCCCCGGAUCUACAACAUACACACCGCUUCGAACCCCCUGCGUACGUUGUGACCAUGAAUUGCCCUUCUAAAACCGACGAUGACAUCCUCCUGAACCCAACCUGGAAUCAGAACCCGCCGCGCUUUGCAGCCGAUCUUACGACAUGCCAAGAUUUGAAUGGGAUUGCGAAUGCAAGGGAGCUGGGUGAUGCGGAUCGAUUGCGCAGUGGCGCACAAGGUCUCAGACGCUGCGAUGUGGACGAACAUCAAUUCCAAGAGAAGGAGAAGCAAUCACCUGUGCUUGGGGAGGGUGUCAAGGGUCCUUAUAAUGGACCUUGCACCCGAACAAUCGCAAUCGUAAGAAAUGAAUUCCAAGCUGAAUUCAGCACAUCUGGUUACAGGACGUCGCGGACGACAUUUAAGAGUUGGGGUCGUUGGAUUCUGUCUGUGUUAUGCACCUCCCUGUUCAUGUCUUACAUGAGCAGAGACAGAGUCUCAAACAUCGCACCUGCCAAGCCUGUAUUUCACAGCACUCCCGUGAUCCACCACUAUGCCAAGAGAGAUGGCUGUGCUGUAGGUGGCGCGCAGCCCGACUACAACCUUCCAUUUCACGUCGGUGGCCUAUUUAUCAUCCUCUUUGUCUCUUCGACCGCAUGCGCCUUUCCGAUCCUGGUAAUCAAGUUCCCUCGUCUACGAAUCCCCGCCUCGUUUCUCUUCAGCGCGAAGCAUUUCGGAACCGGCGUCCUAAUUGCCACAGCUUUCGUUCAUCUUUUGCCUACAGCUUUCUUAUCCCUCAGCGACCCAUGCUUGUCAAGCUUCUGGACCGAAGACUAUCCAGCAGCGCCUGGUGCAAUCAUGUUGGCUAGUAUCUUCUUCGUGACAGUGAUUGAGAUGGUCUUCUCUCCGGGAAGACAUUGCUGUGGCGGAAGUGAAGGGGUCGACGGCGUGGCUCGUGAAACAGUUCAAGAAAUGGAAAACGAAAUGCAUACAGCGCCAGAACUUCAAGCGCAGAUGAGAAGGACUCAUUCUGAAGGCAGCAUGCAGGAACAAGUUCGCUCAAUGGGUAACCUCAGAGGCAGAGUCACUAGCAUUAGCCGUACCCUCUCUCAAUACCGAGCGGAUAAUCAAAGGCUCGAUAUCAUCGAAUCCACCGUGGAAGUAACGCAGGACGGGUCUGACAGGAAGGACAGUAAUGAGAGUGCGGUCGAGGACCCGGAGAUCAGUCAGCAGAAUUUUCAGAUGACGACUGAGCAAGCUCAUAAGAAAGCUGUGUUGCAGUGCUUCCUUCUCGAAAUGGGAAUCUUAUUUCACAGCAUUUUCAUCGGCAUGUCACUUGCCGUAGCCAUUGGCAACGACUUUGUCGUUCUGCUCAUCGCUAUCAUCUUUCAUCAAACAUUCGAAGGACUCGCGCUCGGUGUCCGUAUCGCCGCCAUCUCCUGGCCAGCUCGUUCUCCCCAGCCAUGGCUUAUGGCUGUCGCGUAUGGUUGCACAACACCUCUCGGUCAGGCCAUCGGUAUCGCUACCCACACUUUGUAUAGUCCCGACUCUGAGAUCGGACUCCUCGUUGUUGGCAUCAUGAACGCGAUUUCCGCCGGGUUCCUCGUCUUUGCCUCGCUUGUAGAGCUUAUGUCUGAGGACUUCCUCAGUGACGAGAGCUGGCAGGUGCUGAGGGGCAAGAAGAGAGUUGUAGCUUGCCUGUUGGUCUUCUUUGGGGCUUUCUUGAUGAGCCUCGUUGGAGCGUGGGCCUAAGUGAAGGAUAUGGAGAGGGAAAAGGUGGAGCGGAGUGGAGAGCAGCGAUUGGACGCGUGAGAGACUUCUGGUGAAGACGAGGAUUAUGUAAGGUGAUGGAGGCAAGUGUCAAGCGAGAAAUGCUAUUGGUGGAGUGGAUCUACAGAUCAUGUCUGCUCGCACAUUUUACUCCAUGGGUCAAGUCAGAUCGCACUUCUGUGACUCGUACCGAGG